GGCUCGUGGUGGUGAGGUCUUCUACAGUACCGCCAAGAAACAGAAGAGAAAGACAGCAGUAUCCUGAAAAAGAAACUUUUAGGCACUUAACGGAAACCGUUGUGGUGGUGAACAAUUUGUUGUCCAGUUCUGAGUCCACUUCUGAGGGAAGCCAAGUUGUCGAAGCGGGUUAAUUGCUGUAGAAGGUUUACUAUUCUGUUCUUGAAAAGGCUAAAAGUGCUAGAAAAAGGAAGUUUUUAUUGUAAAAUAAAUAAUUCAAGCAGGGGUUUGUUUUCAUGGAACAAAAAAUUCUAAGCGAUUAUUUGCUUUCCCAAGGAACUUUCUCUUCUAUCAUUCAUCUCCAAGAAUGGAAAGAACUAUUUCCUCGUCGUUUUCGCGACGAACCUUUGCUCGUUGAACUUUAUGACAGAUGUACCAAGCAACAACAAAACCGAUUAAAGAAAAUCAAGGCCAACAUUGAGAUUGAGAGUCAAAUACUCGGAAAGAAUGAAAGAGAUCAAAUGCUUUCUGCAAAUAUACGAAAGUUCUUUCAAAGCGCUGCUCCCCAAGGUUCCGAUCAAGACGAAUUUUAUACAACGUAUGCUGCUAAACCGCUCGACAUAACGGCUAUCAACCAACGUCUGGAAAACGCAUUGCAAAGUGUCAAAGCGGAAGUUGAUAUAGAGCGUAAAAAAUGUUCUACGUUGUCCUCUCAAUUGGACGCACAUAUUGAUUCGCUAAACGAUUUGAAAUGGUCACAGGAACCUAAUCUAGAGGAACCUGUGGCUCUUCUUGAUGAUUUGAUUGAACAAUUGGAGAGACGCUGCAACGAAGUACCUUUUGUCAGUAAUAAUGACGAACUAGACUGAGUUUUCUAUACAACUGUUACAAUAUUUAUUGAUGAACUUGAAGUUCCAUGCGUAAAACAUUUUAUUUUCGUCCACUAAGACUUUUACGAUAACCUUUUCCAAGGAAUUUCAAUUGCUGAAAGCGAGUUGUUACAUUCUUUCUUUUCAAAGAAGUAUUCUUUCUCUAUUUUUUGAGUUUUCUAAACGUUGUUUCAACUAUUCAGCUGUUUCAGGCUAAGCUUGCAUCACAAAAGUUCUAUUUUCAUGGCGAAAGCGAUACCAUAACUCUGAGUCUACUUUUACAAUUCAUUUCAAGGAAAUGCUUUAUUUUUUUCCUUUUUUUUUCAUUAUUGAGUUUCUUCAUUUCCAAUUAUUUCCCACUAAUAUAGCAGAUAUAGCAGG